GGAACGAUUCGACACCGACUCCGUGAGAUGGUCCCGAAACAUCCAGCAUGCGAGAAAGCCUUCUCUAUAGCGCAAGCAGAUCUCCCUGCUCCCAUUUUCAACCACAGCUUCCGCGUCUUCCUUUACGCACAGACCUUCAUGAUAUCGGAAUUUCCAGGUCCAGAUGCGCCUGGCGCUGUAACGCUACGGCACGAAUUCAAACCUCCGCCCUAUCUUGAGGCCCCCUCUGUCCGCGACCCGAACAGGUCCGUAGCCCUGUUCGUGGCCUGCAUGCUCCACGCCUACAGGACAGAUCCGCGGUAUGACGCCACAGCAAUGCGUUUUGAGCUCUGCGGUGCCGACGCCACCGCCAAGGUCCUCGGCCGACACGGCUUCUCCGUAUUGACUAUUCGUGAAGCUUGGCUCGCCGUCGCACUUCAUACUACCCCUAGAAUUGCCGAGGACCUCAAUGGCAUCAUCCGGGCUUUAAGGCUUGCUGUGCGAGCGGAUUUUCACUGUUUUCCCCUCCCGAACCUGCGGCUGUUGCCUGGUGGAUUCCAACCCGGCGAGUUGAGUCGGCUGAUUGACGCGGAACUGCCGAGGCUCGACGUGGAGAAAGCUCUCGCGGAUCGGAUAGUGGAUUGGGCGAGGAACAAACCGGAUGAGGUGUUCGAGCGUGCGAAGGCGCCGAGGUCGACUUGGCCUGGCGAGUUGGUAGAGGUGAUGAGGGCAGAUUCCCAAUUGAGUCGAUGGAGGGUCAUGGGCCUGGAGUCCGGUACUGCGCUCAAUCGAGCUUUCUACUAG